UUUCCUUCCAUCUUCCUUGGCUUCCGAGAAAUUUCAAAGAGAAACAAAUAUAAAAUUCUUCCCUUCGGAGCGAAGAGCAGAGAAAUUUCUUACAAACUACAAAGGCCACCGAUAACUGGGAGAAUCCAUUAACGGGUCGACAUGUGGGUUACAAUUCUUGGUGGACUCAUCGUUUAUGGCAUCUUCAGGCUCUUCUUCUCCGGCGAAGACGAUAUUAUGGAGGUCGAGACCUCCGAUUUCAAUGCUAUUUUCGCCGUCGCUAGUAGGUUUGAGAAGCUCUACAGUGGAAAGGCUUACAUCGGGCUUCGGAUUCCUGAUGCCGACACCGGUUCCCGGCAGAAUAUUGAUCUCGUAGUUGUUAACGAAGAGGAGGUAUUGGUGAUAUCUGUCAAGAACUUAAAAGGAUUUGUCUCCAUCAAUUCGGAUGGUUCCUGGGUUUGUGACGACGGACACAAGACAAAGACUCUUCCUGAUCCUGUUGAAGAGACCAAACAAUUGAUACCUGUUCUUGAGUCUUACCUUGAACAAAGAGGAGUGGGUCUUCCAGCGGGGUAUUUGUCAUGCAAAGUUGUACUUCCAAAUCCAAAAUUCCGCACAAUUGACUCGGGCAUAUUUCCUUCUGAGGUUAUUACCUAUGACCAGUGGAUGCAGCUGAAACCGGAACACAAAGGUUCCUUUUCUGGGUGGAUGAAAGGUGCAUUUCGUGGAAAGAAAGAGUUGCAGGAAGAACCUCUGAAUCAGAAGCUUAAAGCUAUCCUUAGCACCGCACCAAUGUGGGAUAAAUUGGAGCUCAAAGGGAAAUAUGUAUUAGGAGACUUUCUGGAAUUCAAGGGUAAGGACGAAGAUGUGGAGGAUUUGAGAGAGAUCAAACGAUCAAAAGUUAGUCAGAUGACUAUUCAGAAGACUAGCAUGCUUGGAUUUGCUCCUACAAGGCUUCAAGUACUGUAUGCUUCCCGCGAUUAUCGAAGUGGGGGCUCAACAUCAGAUUGGAAGGAAGUGAAUGUAAGAUCAAGCACAGAGAUUUUAUUUCAACCUCAGAAUUCCACAAAAACUCGUAAGUUCAAACUCUCUUCAGUUAUCUCCUUAACACUCAGUGCAUAGAUAGAUGGGCAUGCAGUAUCAGGUCAUCUCGGCAUGCAGUAUCAGGUCAUCUGCUUAUUAUAUCUAUGUAUCUCCACAAUGGGUUUCUGCUCUACUGAAGUUGGGUAUCACCAAUAGUUUCAAGGAUAGCUUAUGCUUCUAAGUUCUAAGUUAUGUUAUGAAGUGUUAGAAGAGAAGAAAAUAAAUAAAGGUGAUUUAUUGGUUAGAGAUUUAAUUAUUUCAGCCAGUUGUCUGACAUGCUUGAGAAGUGGAUUUUUGAAGGAUCUCUACUUUAAAAAUGGGUAAUAGUCAAGAGUUAUCUAGUAAUAAUUUGAUAUUUUUAGUUGCA